UUAUCUGAAUCUUUUAAUGGAUGUUUAUGGUUUCUGGCUAUUUUCUUUGUGUUAUUUGCUGGUUUCUGAUGGAGUUGAGGUCGCAGCCCUCAAAAACCAUGAACCAAUACCAAAUGUUCCACAGCCUUACAGAACAGCAUAUCAUUUCCAGCCUUCCAAGAACUGGAUGAAUGAUCCUAAUGGACCAAUGUAUUACAAUGGAGUUUACCAUCUGUUCUAUCAAUACAAUCCAUAUGGUCCAUUAUGGGGUAACAUUUCAUGGGGUCAUUCCAUAUCCUAUGAUCUUAUCAAUUGGGUUCAUCUGGAUGUUGCUCUCAUCCCUAACGAGCCUUAUGAUAUCAACGGAUGCUGGUCUGGUUCCGCCACGAUCCUUCUCAGUGGUGAACCUGCAAUUCUGUACACAGGCAGUGAUACCAAUAAACACCAGCUCCAAAACUUGGCAUUUCCAAAGAACCUCUCCGACCCUCUACUAAGUGAAUGGAUAAAAUCGACUCAAAACCCUUUAAUGAGUCCUCCUGAGGGAAUCGACCCAUCAUCAUUUAGAGAUCCAUCGACCGCUUGGAUAGGAACAGAUGGAGAAUGGAGGGUCGUGAUUGGAAGUGAGAUAGACCAUCACGGGUUGGCAAUUAUUUAUAAAAGUAAGGAUUUUAGCCAUUGGACUAAGACUGCGAAUCCGUUACACUUUUCUAACAAAACGAUAAUGUGGGAGUGUCCAGAUUUCUAUCCCGUUAGUCUUAAUGGGAAGGAUGGUCUUGAUACCUCGGUCCAAGGAAAGAACGUUAGGCACGUUCUUAAGGCAAGCUUUAAUAGCCGUGACCAUUAUGUAGUCGGGAAUUAUGAUCCGAAAACUGACCAGUAUGAAGUCGAUACAGACUUCAUGGAUGGUAGAGCGCGAUUACAGUAUGACUACGGGAGGUUUUAUGCUUCAAAAUCGUUUUACGAUGGUGCGAAUAAGAGAAGGAUAUUAUGGUCUUGGAUUGAUGAAGGUGAUAGUGAAUCAGAUGACAUCAAGAAAGGGUGGUCUGGCCUUCAGUCGAUUCCUAGGAGCAUCUUGCUGAGUGAAAAUGGAGAUCGGUUGGUACAGUGGCCCGUCAAGGAACUUGAGAAACUACGUACACAAAAAGUGCAAUUCGAGAAUAAAGAACUCGAGGGCGGAUCCGUUUUCGAAAUUUCCGGCAUCACAGCUUCACAGGCUGAUGUAGAAAUCACAUUUAGUUUGUCAAAUCUCAACGAGGCUGAGCUGUUGAAUACAGAAGUAGUUGAUCCCCAAAUUCUUUGUACACGAAAGAAUGCUUCGGUGAAUGGGAGCUUUGGGCCUUUCGGCUUGCUGGUUUUGGCUUCAAAGGACCUGAUCGAAUACACUGCUGUCUUCUUUCGUGUUUUUAGAGGUGGUAACGAUUUCCGAGUACUCAUGUGUGUUGAUCAAAGCAGGUCUUCUUUGAGAUCAGAUGUUGAUAAGACUAUCUAUGGAGCUUUUAUUGAUCUAAAUCCUCGUCAUGCAAAGAUUUCACUGAGAAGCUUG